AUGGCCCCGAUCACUAAAACCCUCGCCGUUGCUGGCGCCCUCUUUGCCGUCACUGGCCUUGCUGCUCCCGUCGAGAAGCGCGCCGUCGUGUGGGAGACUGUCACCGAUAUUGUCUGGGAGACCGUCGAUAUUACUACCACCAUCUACCCCGGCCAGCCCACCGCCACCGCUACCGUCGUCGCCGUGACCACCUCUGCCGAGACCGUUCCCUCUUCUCCCGCUGUAGUCCAGGAGUCUCAGCAGCCGGAGAGUUCCUCCUCGGCCCCCGUCGAGACCCCUGCGGUCGUCGCUCCUACAACCACUGCGGCUCCUGUCGUUGAGCAGCCCGCUUCCGAGACCACCUCGACCUCGUCUGCUACCUCCACUACUUCGGCAUCCUCCAGCUCCAGCUCCAGCUCCUCCAGCUCCUCCGGCUCUUCCGGCUACAGCGGCACCUGCGAUGAGAGCUCCCCUUGCACCGGAGCCCUGACCUGGUAUGACACGGCUACCAGUAUGAGUUCCCCCAGUGCCUGUGGAACUGCCAAUGACGGCAGCUCGGAGAACGUUCUUGCCCUGCCCUCCAGCAUGAUGCCUGGAACCAACCCUCCUGCACUCUGCGGCAAGACCGUCACAAUCACGUACAAUGGUGUUACCGCAAGUGGAACUGUCGUCGACAAGUGUCCGAGCUGCGUUGACAACCAUGUUGACUUGUCCGAAGCCUUCUUCAAAGCCUUCGCCGGCACUGGCGCGGGCAAUCUGGCAGGUGCUGAGUGGUACAUCAACUAG